AUGGCGGAAGUACUAGGUCCAUUAGGCAUGUGUCUAGCGGGUCUUGGUUUCAUCCUAGGCACCGUACCUGCCGCGGCGAAGGUUACCCAUUCUUACAGAGAGCAAAAGAAGCAGAUUGUCGGCAUGGACAAUCGCCUCGGCCUGUGCCAGUCCAAAUUUAGUACUUGGGAGACGUACUGGCAGUCUUCGGGCCUUCAAGAGAAUCAAGCACUCAUCCAAUCAAGUAUAAGAGAUAUUGUAGGCCUCUAUGAAGAAAUCAACAAUCAAAUCAUCAAAUAUACCCGCAGUACGGCAGAGACUACUGCUUGGCGCAAAAUGAAAGAAAGAAUACGGGAUGCUUCAUUUCGCAAACCACGACUUCACAGUCUCACUUCUUCUGAGUUUUGUCAGACAGUCAGAUACGCCUUGUGGAAGAAGGAAAUUCUGGAAGGAUGGAUGACCAGACUCGAAAAAGCAAUAGACGUUAUCGCGCAACUCUUCGAGAGAGAUUUCCAUGAUCGCACUGCACAACACUUCGACGGCGGCCCAACCCCAAAACAGGUUGCAGUGCUGGAACAACUCGAGGAGUUCUCAGGUGCGUUGAUGUCGGUAGCGACGGAGAUCUACAAAGAAUGUACAAAUGAGCCCAAUACGUGUGCAUGGGCUUUAGCGAUGCCGACGCCUGCAGAGGGGAAAACCAUUUUGGACUGGGAAGUCAUCACGCCUAUCAUCAUACAAAUGCGCUUCUCGACUUUGCAACAAGAAGAUACGGGUCACUUCUGUCUUCAUGUUUGCUUUCAACAAGACGAUCCAGACACCCACGAUACAAGUUCCGCAGUUGCAGAAUUGAUACGCUGCCAGAUUUCAGGACCGGAUGAAGAUAUCGUGUCCAUGAAAAAGAUUGAAUGUCAUGCGCAGGAUACAGGAGUCAAAACGACUGUACCUAUUGGAAUCUUACUCAGGCAAAAGCCGCACCUUUUCUAUGAUCCAGCAUGGCUUGUAGACCGCGCUGAAUUGAUCUAUGGAAUCUGCGAAUGGGCUUUGCGAUUGUGGAAUACACCAUGGUUCGAGCAGCUCUGUUGUUCUGGAAUCGUGAUGGAAAUAGGUCUGGGCUCUGUUGAUUGUUCGAACCAAACAUUUCGAGUUAAACGGCACAAAAAUUGCUAUGUUAGAGAUCAUCGUUCAAGACUCAGGAACCUGGGUCUUGUUUGGGCUCAACUGGUACUGGGCUACCCUGUUCGCUUCGCUGGUGGACCAAAUCUAUCGAAAUUUGAGAAGUUCGUCGACGGGACUUGGGUCACAAUGUAUCGGUCUGAGAUCAACAACAACGUUCUGAAGACCGGAUCGCUUGCCUUCCAAGAAGCAAUCGACUUCUGCCUCCGACCAGACUCUCUCUCUUGGAGUGAGCAGUUCAAGCACGGCCAUCUCUACCGAUACAUGGAGCAAAUAUUCAAACCCAUUCAAAUGUGGUAUCGGAUUGAAUCAAGGGAAAGAAACGAGCACCCUCACGGUUCAUCCUCAAAGAGCAGAUGGCCGCAAGAGGCAAUAUAUACAGUCUACAGCGCAGGAAACUGA